CCUAAUCUUACUUCUAGUCCUAGUCCUAGUCCUAGUCCUAGUCCUAGUCCUUUCCUCUCUUCCUGCCUUCCUGCCUUCCUCUCUUCCUCUCUUCCUCUCUUUUCGUUUUGUUUCUCUUCUCUCCCUCGUCUGCUUUUGUUUGUUUACUUCAUAACGAGGCUGGAUGCAAAUUUCUUUCGCUAGAUGAAUCGCUAGAUGAAACUACCGCAGUUAAAGUUGGAAAAACGUUUCCAACAAAGACUUCAAAGUGCGCAUUUCUCUCAUGAUUGGUAUAGAAACAUUUUUUUUUCAGUCGCUUUCUUUCACUUUAAUAUCACUCUUACGUUUACGUAAAAUUUUCGCCUUCCGAUGCUUCGCCUAAUGAACAAAGUGGUUUACGUUAGUCGGCGCAUUAUUUUAUGAAAAAAAAAAUCCAAAGAUGGUAAGGCGGCCAUUUUUUAUCAGUCAUCAGACUUUAUAAGCAUUGGCGUCACUGUUGCAUUGGUUUUUUUAACAUGCGAUUUUGAUGAAGGUUCAUUUUCAAUAUAUAAAUAGGACUCUACAGCUACUAGAAGAAAAGAGAGACAGACAGACAGAAAGAAUUGAACGAACGAACUUCUUUUAUAAGAAAAAAAAAGAAACUCAUUUAAGCUUGAGCUUUUUAAAAGACUCUUUUAUCACUGAUUUUUUUUUUUUCUUUUUCAUUUCUUGUGAAACCGAACGGAAUCACUCAUCCAUCUCUGUUUACGAUAAUCGAGUGAUUUGAAUCGAGUGAUCUUUUCCCCUUUAUAAUUAUUUUUUCCCUAAUCUCGGCCUAUUAUUUUUAUAUUUUUUUCCCUAUAUAUAUACACAUAUAAGAGGGAAAAAGUAGGUCUACAACAGAAAGAAGGAAAACAACAUUUUUAAACCAAAACGAACAAAUUGAAAUCAAUUCUUUAUUUGAUUUUUAAUUUCUAAUUUCUAAUUUCUAAUUUCUAUUUUUUUUAUCGUUAUUACUAUUGUCAUUUCAUUUUCAAUUUUCUCAUAUUUCCCUUUUUUUUUUAUUUUUUUUUGAGAUUUCUCUUUCCUCUUUGAUUGAUUGAUUGAUUGAUUGAUUAUUGUUGUUGGUUGUUGUGUUGUUUAUUUUUAUUUUUCUAACGAAUUGAUUGUUUUGAUUAUGACCUUGAACAACGUUGCUAGAAUUUUUGCUCAAAACGGUGGUGUCGCUGCUGCUGCUGCUACUACUACUGCUGCUAUGCUCCGUUUCUCUAUGAAACCUGCUAUGGGACUUGGACUUCAACAUCAACGACUCUUUUCAAGCCAAGGUCCUCAACGCAUGGAUCCUUCCUCCGUAGCCACUGAACAACGCUACGAGUCUGAAUCGUCCGAUCAACCCAGCGAAUAUGCUUUAUACGUCCAAGACGCUCGCGACGACCUCAACAGUCCCAAUUGGGGUUGUGAACAAAUUAAAAACAAUUCUGCAGAAUGGCAAGCAUAAUUGGAUUCCUUUCGAAACUCUCGACAUCUGACAAAUGUCUGUUGAGUCUUCAAGUUUUUUAAAAAUAACAAAUUUGACUUGGAAACAAGCCCCAUCAGUAUUUGUCUGAUAUUGAAAUUCGCUUUUGUUGUGUGCUAUAUGCGAUAAAAAAAACCAAAAAAAAAGAGAACCGUUGAAAACAAGGACCCAUUGUUUUUUUAUUCCUUUUUCUCCCUUUCCUAGGAAGGAUUUUUCGUCUAUAAUCUUUUGAUGACGCUAUAACGCUAUAAAAAUAGAAAACUAUAUGAAAUACUAUCUGAAAAAAAAAAAAAAAAUUCCCCAAAAAAGUCUAAUCUUUUCAACUUUUAUGCAUAUCCUUGUUUUUCUUUUUCCAAAUUUUUUUUUUUUUUAAAAAAAAAAAAUCCCUUGCCUUGAUACAUGGACAGUCCAAACAGCAUCAUCUUGCAUAUCAAGUAUAAGGAUUUGUGUGUGAUUUCACCAUAAAUGUUGAUCGUAUAGAGUAUAACCUCGCUCUUUCUCCUCUCUUUUUUUUUGUUUGGUUUUUUUCCCCUUUUGGUUCUACACUUUUUCUUCUUUGGCAUUUUGUCUCAAAAAUGGUUAUCCCAUGAUUCUGCUUAAAUUCACCAGUGACGGUUUGCUCCCAAUGUUCGGUUUUUACUUGAUUAUACAUUCUCUAUAUGACUUUUUCUUUUAUAUGCAUGUGCUAUGGAUGUGGAUGUGGAUAUGUGUGUUUUUUCUUUUUUUUUUUCAAUCUCAAAAGACAUCAAGAUUCCUUGUCGCGCACACUAGAAUGGAUUAGUUACAACCCUUUUUUGUUGUUGAUGUCCAACUUGAAAGCAUUCUUGUUUUUUGUUUUGUAAAUUUGAUAUAAUACUGUACUUUUCAUA